CGUCUGCCGUAUCCUUUCACAUUUAUGGUUAGAUUUUGGAAGCGCUAACAGUGGCUAACUUUACAGAGUGAUUGUGAGGAGAACAUAUCGUAUCGGCUGCACGUGCAUCGAAGUUGUACGUAUUGUAGCGUCUUCCUGUUAAAGGGUUCUCCUCAAUCGAUGGAUCGUUAAAAUUUUAGCUAUGUUCACUGUGCACUAGGCCUAGGGUAAUUGAUUGUGCAGCCUUUUGGGUCUUCUGUGGUUAUUGCCAUUCGUCCAUCGUGAAGGUGUAAUCGUGCAACUGAAAUAAUCCUUGAAACUGUUUAAGUUGCGGUAACUGGGAAUUACAGAUCUGGUUUUUUUCCUGUUAUUUUUCUGCUGCAUUUGAUUAACGAGUUGCGUGGUAGUGUAAGAUGUCGACACUAGUAGCCGAGGAAAGCGGAGAGCCGGAAACUGACUCCAUGAAACCUAAGUUUCGACUGUGGUCCGCGUUACGCCUGGUCUGUGGCCUGCUGCCGUAUGCCGCUUUGUACUGGGUGGCCACAUCUUAUUUCUCGGCGUGGCAUUGUAAAAUCACCUUACUUUACGUAUGUUGGUAUCUCUAUGAUGAUGCAUCGAGAAAAGGCGGCCGGGCAAAUGUCUGGGUGCGUCGGUGGAGAAUUUUCCGCCGUGUUGCCGAAUAUUUUCCCAUCUCUCUGGAAAAGACCGGCGAUCUCAGUACUCACGAAAAAUAUAUUGUCGGCAGUCAUCCACACGGAGCCUACUGUAUCGGAGCGUUUAGCAUGGUUGGAAAACCGAUAACUGUUACCCAAGACGACCAUCCGUCGCCCGAAAAAGUGGAUGCCCUUCAUGCUGUUUAUGUCAAGGAGCUAUGUGACCUUUUCGAAACCCAUAAAGGACGAUUUGGAAUGGCUCAUGUUCGACUAAAACUGGUGGAUUAACUUUUAUUUACUCAGUGAUCUGUAACAUCUUUAUGUGUCUCACCUUACUGUUUUUAAAAGAGCUUAAACAGUACGAGUAUAUACAUAACUUCGCUGUGAUAUAUACAGCCGUAUUCAAAAGAUUUAUAGUUCUGGUGAUAGCUAAUUGUAAGAACAAUAUUUUGGAAGCGUGAUGAAUUUGAUUAAGAUUCCGUAACCAAAAUGGAAUUAUAUGUUUCUCUAUUACCAAUUAUGUUUAUAACUCAGUGCUUCUCAUGUUGUUGAUUUUGUAUAAAGCCAUAAAAAUGAAUUAAAAA